CGACGACCGCGGAGCCCACAGAUUAUGUCAUCGCCAUGAGUCGACGCUCUGACUUCAACACAUACCCAUCACGCUGCCUUUCGAAAUCAUCGUCUAGCCGCGCUCCCAACCCAUUCGUUCGAAGCGUUACCCGGACAGCCUCACUUACCCCGCUCCGUCUUGGAUCGGAUAGUAUCCUCCAGCGACGGCUGCCGCGGAAGAGUUUCAAGCGGGCCCGAACACCUACCAUCGGACGCCAUAACGCCUUUGGGCCCUGUCUUCCCGUCGCGACCGCUGCAACUGAGUUGGAGUCGCUCAAGACACAGUCUUCAUUGAUUUAAUCUCACAAUAACCAUAUGGGACUUGCUAGAAGAUCGAAGCCAAUCGACGGAACUAUCCCCGUCGUAGCUCUCCUAUACUCGGAUGAAGAGCUGAAUGCUAGCCAGGACGGGGUUGGUAUCUACGAUGGACCCAUUAAGUCGCCCGACCAUCAAUCAGGCGUUAUUCACCUCACGUCUCAUCGACUUAUCUUCGUGUCCGAUACACAGCCUGAAAAGUUCUCGUUUUCUAUCGACCUUGCAGAUAUACGGCAAACUGAGUAUUACGCUGGCCUGUUUACUAGCUCAGCAAAGGUCACCUUGGUCUUCGAUAACGCACAGGCCGCGGCCAGUCGCACCUCAGUCGAGGAUGACGACUGGGGAGGCUGGACUUGUCACGUCUGCGAUAAUCGUAACCCUCCUGGCACGAAGUCUCGUCUCUGCGCGCUGUGUGGGGUACCCAAAUCCGUCGAUUCUUCCCCGCGAACAACAACCCCAGUUCCCGCGGUUGCCAGCCCAGCGCUUGCGACGAGAUCGAAGUCAUGUCCAGCAUGUACAUUCAUCAAUCAUCCUUCUAUGCGCGAGUGCGAGAUAUGUGGUACCCCUCUACCUUCCGCUAGCUCCUCGACACCUGCACCAAGUCUGCCUAGCGCACCACCGCCAACCACAUCCGCGCCCGACUCCAACAUCGUCAAGAUAUCCUUCCGAAAAUCUGGCGAUAAACCGUUCUACGCUGCUCUGAAGCGCGCACUCACGGCAAAGCGCUGGGAUGUCACCAGAAUGCCCUCGGGCGCGGUCCCGCCCUUGCGCGAAAAUCAGUCCGGAAUAAAUUCUCUGCUCAAUACUCUCGCGGAGACUUCCUCCAGCCGUACAACCCACCUGCAGGCAGCGCUGGGCGAUCUGGAGGCGCUUCGACUGCGGGCAAAUGACAUGGUCCGCGUUGCCACCGAAGUCAGUGAGCGCCUCAAAUCAGCAAAUGCCCCGCCUGUGGACACGACUGGUCUCGCGCUUCCCGAUAAUUCUAUAGGGUCGGCACCGACGACUGAAGCCGAGUCUGAGCUGAUUUCCUCGCUUUCAUCAUUGGCUUUGACGACGCUGAAAGCGACGCCGGUCACGCAAGAUAUGAUCAAGGACGAGGAGAAGUGGAUGCAGGAGUUAGCUCGGGAGCUCGCUUCGGUAUUGCAAGGCGACAAUAGCAGCCAGAGGGGCGGCUUGAUGAAAGCGCGUGGGAUAAUCGCGCUCGACGAGGUAUGGGGCACCUGGAAUCGCGCCAGAGGCGUCGCGCUCCUCCCUCCCUCGACUUUACUGUCAACGGUCCCCCUCCUCCCGGCCCACACCAACCCGAAGAUUCGCAGUCGCCAGUUCGCCUCCGGACUCAAGGUCCUCCACACACCGCACUACUCGACCCCCUCCUUCAAGACGCGUUUGGACGAUUACCUGUGGGAGCUCGGGGAUGGAGAGGCCGUGAGCGACCCUGAUCGCGAGGCAGAGGCAGAAGAAAGUCUGCCACGGCCGCGCGCCAUGACGGUGACGGAGAUCGCGGCGAAGGAACAAGUCACUAUCGCGCUUACCCAGGGCAUGAUUGAGGAGAUCGAGGCGGAGGGCGGGAUCCUGCGCGACGAUGUAUCGUCUUGUGCGCUUACGGCUGGGCAGGGUAUCGGGUGGGGAGCGGAGGUUCGAUGGUGGCCAAACGUGGUGCUUCUUUACUCGUGGGACGGGCAUGAGUAGCCUGUAGAUGUAACAGAAAAUUGCGGAGAGGCAGAACUGGCUUGAAGUCCUACCGAUAUCCGCAAAAGGCAAUUCCGAC